AUGAACAAACGGGUACCAAAUCAUCGCCAUUGCGGCAUUUUUGACCUCUUCUCGACUUUGAUGGUCUCCCUGCCAAUCGAGAACCAUAAGAUCUUGUUCAGAAGCUACCCCAACAGCUUCACCGCCGAGGAGGCCAUCGCCAACCUCGGUGGCCUCCAGUUCAUCCAGUCCAACCGCGACACUGACCCAAAGGACCCCACCAGGAUCAUCACCCACGUCGUCACCACCCAGUUCUCUCUCUCCCGCGACAUGGCUAAGAACCUGUGUCAAACCUUCAUGGAUGCCCGCCUCUUCGAAAGCGCAUCCGACGCCACAAAGAGAGAGUUUCAAAACAAGGGCAUCUACCAAGUCACUCCAAAAGGUGCCCACAUCCUUGCCAAGUUUGUCCACCGCAACACACUGCCAGUCGAGGAAACGCGCCAUAUCACCUCGAAUGCUACACCCAACUUGGUCUACCUGGAGCGGGCCGACGACGAGGAUGCCAUUAUCCUGACUCAGAAGCAGGUUGACCUCAUCUUCAAAAGGUUUGCCGGACCGGAGCCCAAUAUGUCCAAGCAUGCCCACGACCCGCCAUCAAACUCGUCCAGCCCUGGGGGACGCGACAGAGUUCAUUCCGUACCAGAUCUUUGCAAUGGAAUCGAGGUCAAGGAUCAGCAGCACAACUAUGACGUCUAUAAGCACACAUUUUACGGAAAGGCUGCAGUUGAAUGGCUUCUUGAUUAUACCACAGUCAUCAGCAAGGAAGAGGCCAUUUGUAUCUGUCAGGAAAUGGUGACUGGAGGCUAUAUCGAGCAGAUCGGAGAGGAUCGUAAUGGAGCCCAACUCUUCCGGACUGGCAACUAUGCACUCUACCAUUUGACCGAGACAGGACGAGCAGUGGCGGGAUGGAAGAGCAUUACUGGUAGCCGAGGCAGCAGCAUCAACAACGACUGGAUGGAUGAGCGAAAUGCGAUCAGCGGCAAGAAUGGCGCCGAGACAAAGCCCCUCUCUGUCCAGUUCAAGCUCACCGCCAACACCGCCGCCCGUUUGCCCAUCUCAACGGAGCGCGAUACCGGACGGUCCAUGGACGAGAACAGCAUCGCCACAACCACAGCUACCCAGUACACGGAUGAAACAGGCCGGGGUUCCAUGCGACGACUCUCUCAGAUCCUUAAUGACCCAGCCUUCCAGUUGUCUCUUUCAGAGGCGGGAGCCAUGUCCAACUAUGCGCCGUCUUCCGCCGGGAGGGACGUCGCUGAUCUCGGGUCUGUUGCUGGGGGAACCCCAGCUAUGAGCUCGUCGCAGUCGAUGACGUCCAACACGACCCGCCUCAACAUUAUCCUCAAGAAUUCGACCCUUCGAGACCUUUUCAAGAACUUUUUGAAGCAAAACAUCUGCGAAGAGAACCUCUCGUUUUACCUAGAGGUCAUCGACUACAAAUCCCGCUUCAACUCCCUCAUCAACUCGACCCGUUCCUACAACCCUUCGCUUGCCGGUCAGGAUUACCCACCAACUCUUCGCGAACUUGAGAAGCAAAUAUGUACUCAAGCAUUCGCCAUCUUUGAGACUUACUUGGUCGCUCACGCACCCCGCGAGGUCAACCUCCCAUCCCACAUGCGCCUGGAUAUCACAGCCUACAUGCAAGCAGUCAUCCAUAACAUGGCGUCGGUCAGUAUUGAUCGACAACGGGUGUCUCCUCUCACCCCUGGGUCACCCCCUGGUGAGACUUUGGAUGGUGACCGGACGUACCAAGAGUUGAUUCACAUGUCCUUAUUCGACCAAAUCCACGACCACAUCUUCCGAUUGAUGUCGACCGACUCUGUACCAAAGUUCACGAGGACUGACAAGUACCGCGAGGUCAUGAUGAACAGGGUCAAGCAAGGCACCAGCACUUCGAGCUCGGUCUCUUCGACCUCGCCUCCCGUCACUGGCAGCGGAGAUGGUAGUGCCUCGAACGGCAAUGGCAGUACCAGUGGGGGUGGAAGUGGUGGGAACGGAGCCCGAUCACCGACGCUUGGAUCCAGUCGAAACGAAGGUGAGAGCAAGACAGCAGAGUUGAGACGAUAA